UCCGGUGUUUUGAUAAAAAUGGCUGCGCCCAUUGUAGCACGAUUAUGUGAAACACCAGGCUGUAGUAAAGAUGCCAAAUUACAGUGUCCAACAUGUAUCAAGCUUGGAAUUCCAGGAUCAUUCUUUUGUGCACAGGACUGUUUCAAGAUGUUUUGGUCUGAACACAAGAAAAUUCACAAGUUAGUCCAAGGGAAUGAAAAGCAAACAUCGGACCAGUAUAAUCCAUGGCCAGGCUUCAAGUUCACAGGAGGGGUACGGGUAGCUAAGGUGACACCUAAAAGGAUUGUUCCUGACCACAUACCUAGGCCAGACUAUGCAGACCAUCCUGAAGGUGUGCCAGUUUCUGAAAGACAGAUGCGAGGGACAACGAAUAUCAAGGUUUUGUCAGACGAGGAACAAGAGGGACUUCGGGUGGCUUGUAAGCUUGGGCGGGAGGUGUUAGACAUAGGGGCAGCAGCCAUUGAUGUGGGCGUGACAACGGAAGAGAUUGACAGACUUGUCCACGAGGCCUGUGUGGAUCGAGAAUGUUAUCCUUCUCCUCUAAAUUAUUAUGAAUUUCCAAAGUCCUGUUGUACGUCUGUAAAUGAAGUGAUAUGCCACGGUAUCCCAGACAUGAGACCUCUAGAGGAUGGAGACAUAGUUAACAUUGACAUUACAACGUUCCAUCGUGGAUUCCACGGAGACUUGAAUGAAACCUUUUUUGUUGGCAAUGUGGAUGAAAGUAGCAAAUCUUUGGUGAAGACGACGUAUGAAUGUCUAAAGCUUUCUAUUGACGAGGUGAAGCCUGGUGUACGUUACAGAGAGAUGGGAAAUAUAAUACAGAAACAUGCCCAGGCCCACGGCUACUCAGUAGUGCGGAGCUACUGUGGACACGGCAUUCACCAACUUUUCCACACAGCUCCUAGCGUGCCACAUUAUGCCAAAAACAAAGCCAUAGGUGUGAUGAAACCUGGACAUACAUUUACAAUAGAGCCGAUGAUCUCAGAGGGAACCUGGAGAGAUGAAAUGUGGCCUGAUAACUGGACAGCGGUCACCCAGGAUGGGAAGCGAUCAGCCCAAUUUGAGCAGACAUUAUUGGUCACAGAUACGGGAUGUGAGAUUCUCACAAGACGCAGAGAUAAUGAAGGGAGACCACACUUUAUGGACAAAAUGUGAUGUAACUACUACUGCUAGUCUGGGUGUCUGGUGUGGGACUGAUGUCAAGACCCACAAUACACAUUGUCAGUGAAUUAACACAACUUAUACAUGUAUGGGUUUGGUACAUUCCAAAUCUACGUUUGGUCAAAACCUGUACCUUUUGUAUGUAAAAGGCUGAGUUAUAUCAAGGAACUUAAUUUCUUACAGAAAGUUUUAUGCAUUGAUUUUGGAUGCUGAGAGUCUUGGUUGGUAGUGUCUGUGUGAACACAUAUAUGUGACCUUUCACCUUGGUCGAUUUUUACCCUUACAUUCUAACUGCUCUAAAACCACCCAAAUAUUGAGUCCUAGCCUUACCACAUUGCUCAUAGAAAAAAUGGUGCAUCCAACAAUUUAUCUGUUUUUUUUAUUAUUUGGUCUGCUUUGAUAGCUAUUUCAAACAUGGAGUUAAUCAUGAAGAAAUUUGUUCAAUGCUGUGACUGUGUUGACCUUGUCUAUUGAUACAGUAGUUCAGUUACUUGUGAAGUGUGU